AACCAAAAUCAAAAUAAAAUAGAUUAAGCAGCCAAUAACAAUUAAUUAUCCUACGUACCCCCAAAUGUUUUUUUAAUUAACCAUAUAUUUCUUUUGUUUCAAAUAUUUCUUUUGUUUCCAAAUCUUGUCACUUCUGAAGUUGAAGAAUGACUACAUCGAGCUCUGAAGUGCAUUCUCAAGUGCAUUCGCCGGCGCCGGCGCCGGGAAAAGGGUGGGGAGAGAUGGUGUCGGACGCGGUGUUCUCAGUCUAUAACUCUCUACCAAAGAAAGGGAAGCCUCAGGGUCGAGAAGUCUCCGUUUUGGCUGCUUUUCUCACCUCUUCCCCUUCUCAAGAAUUGCAAGUGGUUGCUUUGGGAACGGGGACGAAAUGCAUUGGGCGCUCGCUUCUAAGUCCGCGAGGCGAUGUUGUGAAUGAUUCUCAUGCUGAAAUCAUCGCUCGGAGAGCUCUAAUGAGGUACUUUUAUACAGAGAUUCAAUGUCUUACAAACAUUUAUAAUAAGCAUAGUGGUAAUAAUGGAAGCAUACAGUUGCAUGGUGAUGAUGCGACAAACUUGGUUUUAUAUUUGGACACAGAUGGCCUUGGCCAAAGAAAAUACAAAAUGAGAGCAGGUUGGCAACUACAUUUGUACAUAUCACAGUUGCCAUGUGGUAGUGCCUCGCUCAGUUCACAGUUAUUUACUUUGCAGAAUAUUCCCCUUAGAGAAGGGGAUCCACUGUCCUCCAUGAAUGAAUUUCAUGAUUCCAUGGAUGAAUUUUUGGAGGCUUCCUUGAUGAAAAAUGGUAGUUGUGACCAAGUCAUGGGCAUGGUUCAAAGGAAGCCUGGUCGUGGAGAUACAACACUGUCCUUGAGCUGCUCCGACAAGAUUGCCCGUUGGAAUGUUUUAGGAGUUCAAGGAGCUUUGCUUUCUUACUUUCUUCAACCGGUUUACCUUUCUUCCAUCACUGUUGGAAGAUCCUGCAAUAGAUCUGGAAAUUGUGUUGCAGAGGAUCAGUUGAGACAGGUUUUAUAUGAUCGGAUCAUACCAUUGUCAAACAAGCUAAUGAAUCCUUUUCAAGUGAACAAGCCACUAUUUUGGGAGGCUCCUAUACCACCAAAGGAGUUUCAGCAUUCUGAGAGUGCUCUGACUACUUUAACAUGCGGGUAUUCAAUAUGUUGGAAUAAGUCUGGCUUGCAUGAGGUCAUCCUUGGAACCACUGGCAGAAAGCAGGGCACCUCUGCAAAAGGGGCAAUGUACCCUUCUACUGAAUCAUCAUUAUGCAAGAAGCGAUUGUUGGAGUUAUUCUUGAAACUAUGGCAUGAACAUACAGUCGGAUGCCCAACCAAGGAGAUCUCUUAUCGAGACCUUAAGGAAGGGGCUCAUGAAUACAGUUCAAUUUUGAAGAUCUUUAAGGGAAGUCUUCCUUUCAACAAUUGGUUCAUGAAACCUUUAAACUUUGAGGCCUUCUUCCUAUGAUAUGAGCAUGACGAAGAUGAUAAGGUUGAAGAAGAUUGAUGAGUUGAAGAAGAUGACGAGGAUGAAGAAGAUUGAUGAUUAGAUCGCUCUUAAUCGGAAAGGGCAUGAGUUGUCGGCGACUAGGUAACUUCGAGGAAAGUGCUUAAUACUGUGUAGAGGAGGAACCUCACUUUUCAGAGGACUCGUGAUGUGAAAGAAGGUUCUUAAUUAGGAAAGGGCUUAAGAGCUGCAGGCAACACAAGGCAAUUCUCCAAUUGAGAAAAAUUUUCUUCAAAGGAAAUUGGCAAUUAUGACCCCCCGUAAGUGAAAUGUCCAAAAUGACUCUCCAGUAGUGGAACUAGGAUGUUAAUUGUUUGGAAACAUGAUUGAGGGUUCUAGGUAGGUUAAUUUCGUAAUUUGAGAAAGUUGUCAACUUCCCAAUGGAAAUGUUAUUGUGGAUGUAGAAAAUGACAUGCAUGUAGUGUGUUCACACACGUAUACUUGUGUGUAUGGAAUAAUAUAUAUGACUAGUUUAUCCUUUUAUCAAUUUUAGUAAUUAUAGAAUCUGCUUCACGUGAAAUGAUUUAGUUUGAUAACAUUUUUUAAUUCGCACGAACAUUUUUGGAAGAAGUUACUUGCAUUACGUUAACAAACCAUACUGUUUGCAUCUUAUUAUGAAAAUUUCAGCUACUUGGACCAGUUUUAUAAUAUGUAGAUUCACCCGUGUAGAGCAGUUUAAUAUAGAUUUUCAUAAUUUUUAUGUUUGAAUUUGCAACUGAGAAUUUAAUUCUAUAUUCUUGUUAAUAAGUAUCUUUCUACCUUGAUCAAUAUUACCUUUCCUCUUGAAACAACUAUUUUCUGAAUUCUGAUACAGCUUAAACUUUGGAAAUUCUGUACUUUUUUUAAUUACCUUGAUCCAUAUUACGUCGUGUUGAACCUAUUUGUGCAUAAAACCUGAGUGACAUGAAUAUGCAGAUAUGUAUGUUUAAAGUAAUGGAAUUUUAUAUACGGAGUAUGUGUUAGACUUUAGUCUGUUCACAUUCAGUUUCCUUCCAACUAAAU